UUAUAUGCCUUGAAUCUGGACUCUGGAGGCACUGACAUUGAGAUAUCUGAGUCGUAUAGUGGUAUUGGAAGGGCAUGGACUGGUUUUCUUGGCUUUCAAAAACGGGCCUUGAGCCGUCCCUGGUUUACGAGUACGGCCUUUCAUUUUCCCACAACGAGCUUGAAGAAGAAGACAUAGUAUACUUGGACCAUGAGUUUCUCCAAAGCAUGGGCAUAUCGAUAGCUAAACACAGGCUGGAAAUUCUCAAGCUUGCAGGGAAAACCAAAGGAAAUCAGACGAGUGGUUGGAGACCAGUAGUGCGGAGGCUCAUGUCGGCAAUCAAGAGAACAAAAAGGAGCUUAUCAAAGUACAUGAGGGCAAUGGUGGAGAGAGAAGCGUCGGCUCUUGUUGUUGUUAAUCAAAGGAAUAAAUGGAAAGGUGGCGCAAUGUGGAAGAGAAAGAAGAGGGUGGGGAUGGGUGCAGAAGGGCGGCUGCUGCUCACCAAUGGGACUCAUCUUCCACCAAUCACAACGGUGCUGAAGUACCAGAAGAAAGAGAAAAGGGAAAAGGGAAGUUGGUUAGAUGGUGCUGAAGAGAUGAAGUGGGAUGCAAUGUUCCAGGAUUUGAAACCAACUUGAUCAAAUUACUUGGUUUAUUCAUCAAUUACGAUGACAAAUAUUAGUGGUAAAUAUGGUUGUUCCUUAAUUUCAUAAACACUGCUCAUGAUCCCAUGUACGAUGAGUUUUUUUAGUUUCGUUCCACCACUUUUUACGUUUUUUUCUUUUUCUUUUGCGUUUAGAACAUAGGAGGAUUGGCAUUUUUAAUAUUUAGGCUUUGGCUGCACAUCCAAAGGAGCCGAGCCUCUUUCAGUAUAAAACUGUCUCCUCUGCCUUUUUAUUUAUUAUUAUAAAUGUCUUAGAGGAAAUGAAGAAAAAGAAGAGAGCAGGAAAGGCUAUAAAAGAACCAUUUUUCAGUUGUGCAA